ACCUAGAACAGCCCGACACUGCUCGCCCAAUUACCAGUGCUUCUGGCAGAUAUGUCAGACUAGGAACGGCAUCAAUGCUCACAAACCCAGAUGGCCCUUUCAUAAACUUGUCCAGACUGAAUUUAGCAAAAUAUGCUCAAAAACCAAAGUUGGCAAAGGCAUUGUUUGAAUACAUUUUUCACCAUGAAAAUGACGUUAAGAACGCUUUAGAUUUGGCAGCACUUGCCACAGAACAUGCACAAUAUAAGGACUGGUGGUGGAAGGUUCAGAUUGGGAAAUGCUACUACAGGUUAGGAUUAUAUCGCGAAGCUGAAAAACAAUUUAAGUCGGCUCUCAAGCAACAAGACAUGAUAGAUACAAUACUAUAUUUGGCAAAAAAAUGGGAGGAAAACUGGGAAAACUUACCAGACCAGCAGGAAGCAUUGCUUAUUCAGGGAACGCCACAGCUGCCAGAAUGCCAUCGUCACUGGUCCUUCCAAAUUGGAGUUUCCUGCACCCAAUGCCCUACUUCUGGUAGAGGAGCUGCACUGGAAGGGAGAGAAGAUGCAUGGGGAAAUCAGGUGUAUUUGCGCUUGGAUCAACCUUUGACAGCUUUAAAUCUUUUCAAGCAAGGAUUAGAUCGAUUUCCUGGAGAAGUGACCCUCCUCUGUGGGAUUGCUAGAAUCCAUGAGGAAAUGAACAAUAUCUCCUCAGCUGCAGAGUACUACAAAGAUGUCUUAAAACAAGACAACACUCAUGUGGAAGCCAUUGCAUGCAUUGGCAGUAACCACUUUUAUUCAGACCAACCUGAGAUAGCACUGCGGUUUUACAGGCGACUCCUGCAGAUGGGUAUUUAUAACUGCCAACUUUUCAACAAUUUGGGCCUUUGUUGCUUCUAUGCCCAGCAAUAUGACAUGACUCUGACCUCAUUUGAACGUGCACUUUCUUUAGCUGAAAAUGAGGAGGAGGCAGCAGAUGUUUGGUACAAUUUGGGACACGUGGCUGUGGGAAUAGGGGACCUGAAUUUGGCUUACCAGUGCUUCAAGCUUACCCUAGCCAGUAACAAUGACCAUGCAGAAGCUUACAACAACUUGGCUGUGCUGGAGAUGCGAAAAGGUCACACUGAGCAGGCAAGAGCUUUGCUACAGACUGCUUCAUCUUUAGCACCUCAUAUGUAUGAGCCCCAUUUUAAUUUUGCAACACUCUCUGAUAAGGUUGGGGAUCUCCAGAGGAGUUACGUAGCCGCUCAGAAGUCAAAAGAAGCAUUUCCAGAUCAUGUAGAUACACAACUGCUCAUCAAACAGUUAGAACAGCAUUUUGCCAUGCUUUGACUCAGUAUUUUUAAUCAAGUUAAAAGCUCAAAUGAUUUCCACUAGAACUAGCACCAAACAUGUUUACAACAUGAUAUCUAAGAAUUAUACAUGGGCAUCUUUUUAAUCCAGGAGCCAUAGAAGCUAGUACAGGUAGCAGAAGAGGUUUAGGGAAUCGUGAACUGACUUGUAUGAAUUUUAAAUUACUUAAUUUUUUAAUAUGGCUCAGACACACUUUGUAAAAUGAGAGUAAAGAAUAAGAUCUUGCAUUGAAAGAGCUAUUGCAUAGUAAUGAAUUGACCCUUUAAUAUUAAGGAAGCAUUUUAAAAGAAUUUUUUCCUGACUGUUUUGCAAGUAAACCAGGUUUUUAAUAUUCCUGGUUGACAGUCCAUCAACCAACAUGAGGCAAAAAAUGUUUCAUAAUUGCCUUGCAAGCUUGGUUUUUGAUACCAUAUGUUCAUAUGUUAUUUUAAUAUUAAAAUAUACAAAUUAAGUUAUUAAUGUAAUUUAUAUAUAAAAUGCACACUUGAAGCAAAAAAAACCCAAAACAUAUAUUUUCCUUGAUGUACAUUGGUGUAAAAUAAAUUCAGAUCUGUACAAUUA